UUGCGGACUAGGGUUCCCUUUUCUAGUGUGUAUGGAGUGAUUCAAUUCCUUGCUCUACGGUCCGAUUAUCCGUCAAAGUCACUUUCAGAAUUCGUGCGCGUAAAACACUUCCAUCUGAUCCUCAACUACCUUCGCGAUGGUUCUGUUCCAUUGCCUGACAAUCGACAGGAUCUCGAAGAGCUCCUUAUCGAAACACGCUUCUACUGCCUGGAAGGUUUACGACGCAUUUGCGAAGAGAAGCUGGAAAAGCUGGUAGCAGAGACACAGGAAAAACCCAAUGCGGCAAGCAUCUACAUUGUUAAGUACCCCAAAGUCACAAAAGCUAUAUUUGCUUCCACGAAAAAGGUAAUCCUGCUUUUGUUUGUUUCGCUCAUUUCUCGUUUUUGGGAGUGUUUUGAAUUUGGUGUUUGCACAGUUUUGGGAGUUUGUAAGACCUAUAAACCAGUGAUUUACUUUUUGUAUUUUAUGGAUGUAACUUUCAGCAGUGUACACCUUUUGGAUAUUGUCUCAAUCUAA